AUGAAGUUUUUACGAUACUGCUUGGUAGCUUUAAUACUAAUAGGAUCGAGUCUUGUUCAAGGAACCGAAGGAGCCGGCCAAUGCUAUUUAGGUUUUAAAAAUAAAACAGUUGUUUGUUCCAAUUAUAUAACAAAUUCAGAUUAUAUAUAUUUUGAUGGGUCGAAUACGGAUCAUUCAUUGAGCCUUCUUAAGGUAGCUCAAGGUCUUUCUACAUUGAAAUUAAAUGAACAGACUCAACGAUGCGUUGACGCAUUUUCGAGUUAUGCAUGCGCUAUAACGUACCCAAAAUGUGUAAAAGGUCAAGAAGAAUUACAACCAAUAUGUACAUCAACAUGUACAAAUGCUAUAAGUUCGUGUACCUAUUUGACAGAUCCGAUAGUCCUAAAUUAUAUAAUAAGUUCACCACUAUUUCCAACGAAUGCAAGCUGUUCGGCAGGAUACAUCUCCACUACCACGACAAAUUUAACUAUCAAAUCUGAUCAAUGCAACUUGGAAUCAAAAUUAUCUUCAUCUGCUACGUGUUUCCCACCACUAGUAGAAGACUUUGUAAACUCUUUUGACAAAUCGAAGUCAAUAAGUACCACAUAUUGUUCAAACGGAUGUUGUCUUCCUUGCCCUCAAUCUUAUUUCUUGUAUCCUGAAGGAUAUUUGGAAAAAGGUUUCCUUGCAACACAAAUCGUUAGAGCCAUAUCUGCUAUUACUUCGUUCAUAAUGGUUAUAUCUUAUUUGGUAUUACCCGGAAAAAGAUCCCAUCCGAGUAGUCUAAUAUUGUUUGCAUCAAUAGCAAUUUUCCUAUAUUCUUCAAGCGUAUUUUUCUCUCUUGGAAAUCCAAACGCGAUUCAAUGCACGAACGAUGUAGAACCUAGUACUCAAGAUAAUAAUGCAUUAUGUAGUUUUCAAGGAAUAAUAAUCGUAAAUCUUCACAUUCAUACUGUCUGGAAUUCCAACAUAAUUGGAAAUAAUUAUUUGUAUCUUCACCUGAUUGGAUGGGGGGUUCCUAUAAUUCUUACAAUAAUUGCAUUAGCUGCGAGAUCGAUUAUGUAUCAAUUUGCAACUUUAUGUUUAGUUCAACAAUCAAAAGCAAAUUUUAUAUUCUUUUAUCCAUUAGCUUCAAUUGUGGUCCCUAGUUUCCUUAUUCAUAUAGCUACGUUUUUUUACAUUGUAAAGAUUUCUAGAGAAGAAGAGAAGAAAAAAUCUGAUGAAACUUCAUCCACUGAAGAAUUCAGAUCAUCUCACAAACGACACGUCAUUCAAUUAGGUAACAUAUCAAAUGGUCCAACCAGAACUGAUUUUCUUUCUGAAUGGUUAUUAUGUAUUCAACAAGGCAAAGGUCAAAAUGCAUGUUCUGGAAUUGCAUCAAACUAUAUGCCACCUUUCUGGUUAAUAAUUGGCGCAGAGAUGUCAACAAGUUUUAUUGGAAUACAUUUGUUUUGUAUAUUUUCGAAUGCAACUCUUUGGAGAGAAUGGAAACAAUGGCUGAACGAAAAGAUUCCAUCAAGAAAGCAAAUAGAAGUACCAGAACAGUUUUUUGCUAUAUGA